AAAAAAAAUUAUACUUGCGCGAAUUGGGUGCGUGCGUGGGACUGUGGGAGUGCCAUUAGUUCGUCGAUGUUGGCUCAAGUCAUCAAGUCAAGUCUGAUACAUAACAUAGGUGCAAAGUUUUUUGGAUUGAAUAUCUCCAUCCUUCCUUCCCUCGGUGCUCUUCCUCCUGUUGUAAAACCCUGGUUUUUGCCAGAGUGAAGAUUUACGUUUAAUUAUCCCCUCAACCCAAAAAUUUCUGGAAACUAUUCUGAUUUUCUUCUGUCAGCUCAGCCUCUCCUGUUGCAACGUCUCACUAGAGGUAUAAUUACUUCGGAUUGUGUUUUUUUAUCUUCUGAAUAAGGGGUUUUGGAAAGGUUUGAAGAAAUGUCAUCUACUAGGGUUUCUCUUACAACCACUUCCCGAUUUCCUUUUCGAAUUAAGGAACGCUAUCAGUCACAUCUUGGUCGCCAAUGCCUCAAUUUUAGUGAUAGAUCACGUGGUUUGUGUAUAUUUCAAACUACACAAUCGAUUGUCUCAUGCUCGAUGAACAUGUCAGCAGCUGAGUCUGAUGAUCCCAGGAAAAUGAAUUUGGAUCGUGCAAUGGAUAGUGCAAGAACUGUGUGGGAGAGUUUUCCUGAACCAGUCAAGACUUUCCCCUGGGCCAAAGUAGCAGUGAACUUCCUUCAACUCCUUGCUGAUCUUGUUUUUGUAGUUGUCAAAUACUUGUCUGUACCAGUGCUAGCAAUUACCUCAUUAAGUGAGAUGUCAUAUUCUGCACACGAAAGAAAAAUGGCCUUUAUACCCGUUCCCAUGCUCGCUGGAAUUUUAGUGGCUGGAGUUUUCAGCGGCACAUUCUUAGAGUUGUCUCCCACUCUAAAGGAAGCACGAUUUCCAUAUCAUCUUGUUGCAAUUGCUCUUUUCUUUCUGUUGCUCAAACUGCCAGGCCCAUACUAUCCAUUUUGGGGACGAAUUUUGAUACCCCACUUUGCAAAUGGUGGACUUCUAUGGACCCUAUGGCUUUCCUUUCAAUGGAAUAGAAAGGUACAGACAGUAUAGAAGGGUAAAACAGGCAUAAAAACAACCUCUCUACAGAAGUCUGUAAACAGAGAUAGCAGAAGCAGAUCUCACUUUGUUGGAAGGACAGUAAGAUACUUCGGGAUAGGUAAUUGUUACUGGUAAGAGCCAGAAUCCAAAUAGUAACAGAUGGUACGAUAAAUUCUUGUUGAGUAAUCAGAAGUUAGAACUAUAUUCUGACUUGGAUCUGUGUGUUUUUUACUUUUUCGGCGGAAAUGUAUUUUGCUAACGUACCAUCUAUUAAUCAUCAUGACUGGCUCAAAAUCCUGUUUAUAUUCGAUAACCGAGUUGUUAGAAGUUUUAUCAUGUUGUCACCAAUUUCAUGAACUGUAAUAUGCAUGUUGUGAUUCUAGAUACUCUUGGAUGUGUUUGACAAGUUUCUGGGGUCUUUAUUUUGA